AUGCUAAAAUCCGCCAUCUUGCUUGUCAAUCAUCCAGCACCCGGCAGUCAUGCAGCAAAAAGUUUGUUCGGGAGGUUCCUGUUCUUUCCACGACGGGGACCGCUCGCCGUACUUCCGCAGCCCGGACGCCCUCCGCGCGUACCCGGAGUACCCGCACGAGUACGGCGGCUUCAGCAUCACCGGGAAACUCCCGUCGGCCGCCGUCGCCGGCCUCCCGGCGGACCGCGGGGGGCGGAGCCCGACGGGCGCCGGGCGGGCGCCGCACGUGCGCUCGCUGAGCGACGGCAGGGAAGCCGCCCGCUUCCUGAUAUCCAGGAGGAGGACCCAGAGCGUGGGCGCGGGCACGCGGGCGCAGGACGAGCGGCACGCCGGCGCCGCCGCGCAGGUCGCGGCAAAUGGCGGAAGAAGCGAGGUCGUGACCUCGGACGAGGCGCGAGGUCAUCACCCGGCUUUCCCUCUGGACCCGAUCUCCGCGUAGACCCGGACUGGAACGCAGAGGCGCUCGGGCGUGGCUGUUUUUCGGGCGCGGACGCCGCCCGGUCUUCCUCCGCGGCCGUCGGUCGCGGUCCGGGCGACGUCCUGCGGCGGCGGCUGGCCCGCGUCCGGACGGAGCUGGCGCGGGCCGACUCGCAGCUGCUGUGCGAGCGCGCCCGCUCGCAGCGUUUGUCCCGCCAGAGGCAGGAAGUGGCGGAGAAGGAGCGCUCGUUGAGCCGGCAGGUGGACGUCGCCGUCACGGUGAUCGCCGCCCUCAAGGAGCAGAUCAACGCCUCCGAAAACGAACUCGAGCGACGGGAGAGGCAGGUGCUGACCAUCCAGAAGUUUCUGGAAGCGGCCGCGCGCCAGGAGACCAGCGGAAAAGUCCGAAUCCAGUUCUUCAUCGAGACCCUGCUCAGACGCAUCGCCUUGGCCGAGACCCUCUUGGAGAACUACCAGCCGCGCCAGACGCCGACCAACCGCAACAAACCUCACAGGAUCGCCAAGAGCAGGUCAGCGGGAUGUCAGCUGUCGUCCGGUCUCCACGGCAACACGACCCCUUCGUCGGGCGACCAGCGCGACCGCGACCAGCGCGAGCGUCUGGCACACGCGUCGCGCCUCUUCUGCCGACCCGAACGCCGAGACGACAUCUGGAACCAGCGGCGGCGCUCGGCGGGAUAUCAGGCGUAACGUCGUCACGAGGGGGCGCUCUUCAGCGCCGCUAAAUCAUUUCUUGGGGGCGGUGGGGGGGGGGGGGGGGGGGGCUCAAGGGCCACAUUUGAUUCUUAAAACAGACACAUGGGCAAAUGUGAAUUAUAAUUCCAAUUCAAAUCAUACAAGUUUAAAUAUUUUACAUAAUUUCAUCAAAAACAUUUCAAUUUUACUAAAUGACAAAUGUAUUUGUUUUAUUAAUAAUUAUAGGUAUAUAGGUAAGUUAAAAAAUGUAUAUGUAAAAUAUGAUAUUAUAAUUGAUUCCUCAACAAAUACAUUAAUACAAAAAUAUAUUUUAAAUGUAUAGAAAAAAUGAUUUCACCAAUAUAGUUUUAUUAUUUAUGAUAACUCAAUAUUUAAUGAUACGCAGGCCCCUCCCCUUUUGUGGCCCACAGGCCAUACAUUGCCUGCCCCUGAUUUCAUAAAGUUGUUAUAUUUAUAUAUAAAAAUGUCUUUGCAUUCUUAAUGUGAUUAUCAUGAAGACACAUCCUGUGAAAUACGAAUAAUGGUGAAAAAUCAAAAUGAAUACUCAUGUUGCGUUUUAUCAGAGCACUUACUAAAGUCCCAUGUGACUUGUGAUGAUGUCAUCAUAGAUGGCCAUAUCUAGGAUGUUACGUGUUGUUUCUCGAUACGCACCUUUUUUUUGUCCAGGCCACAUGUAGCACAAGCUAAUGCUUCUAGAACAUUCAAGUGUGUAUGACAGGCCGGAAAGCACGUGACAGAGAGAGACAAUCAGCACUUUUCAUUGCUCAAGGUCAAAGGUCACACGGAAAUAGUUGUUUGUACACUCCGUCCUGUACACUUCGCGUUGACAGUCGCGCGAAUCCACUUAUUUAUUAUAUUUACAUAUGAAACAACAUGCCACCGAAAGUGUCAGUGCUGUACUCUAAUAACAUUAAUCUAGCCACACGUGUUCCUAUACAGGAGAUAAAAGGGUUUAAAAACUAACCCAUUUGUCCUCAUGCGCUCCAUGUUUAAUCCAGGUUUAGUCCUAAUUUAAUUCUCAUUUAAUGUUCAUGGUUUCCUCUAUAUAUCUCAACUAGCCUAAAAAUCAAGCAUUACAGAUUCACCUUAGGGGGAUAUCAAAGAAGAAAAAGAAAAACUUGCUUCCGGGUCACUUUGGUCCUCUGAGCGUCAUUCCAAGUUCUGGUUUUGCGAGAGAAAACUCCCUCCAAUUAUGUUUUGGAAUUAUGUCAACUUAAAACAUAUUUUUUUUUUUUUUACUGUGUUGUCAACAAUUGUUAUGAUCAAUUAUGCCCUCCACCAAUAAAAAUCGCUUUCAUGCCAA